AUGUCGACGUCCAACUCCAACUUGUCUUCCUCCAAAACUACUGUUUCUAUCUCAGCACUUCCUUGUCGUUCGACCCGUUCUCAUGCUCGUCUUCAACUCAAAGCCAACCUCUCAACUAUCCAAAAAGGAAAUUCUUCAAUCUCCGAAUACUUUUGUAAAAUCAAGGAAAUUGCUGACGCUCUUGCGUCUGUCCAUGAACCUCUUUCCGAUCUUGAUCUUGUCUCUGCUACUCUACGUGGUUUAGGUGAUGAUUGGAUCGACAUAUAUGCUGCAAUCCGUCACCGUUCUACUGUUCCAACUAUUUCGGAGUUGCAUGCUUUACUUCUCCAAAGAAUUUCUAGAUGCUGGGAGAAUGAAAAUGAGGCAAAGAUGCUCCGUAUCCAAUUUGUCAAACCUGAGAUUAUCAGCUGGGCUCCGCGAAUCAUUGUCCUGCAUGAUUUCUUAAGUUCGGAGGAAUGUGAUCACCUUAUAGCAAUUGCCAGGCCUCGCCUCCAUCCUACGAAGGUACAGGACGCAGAAACAGGCAAGGUAAUUAAGAGUGACAAUAGGACAUGUUUCGGUAAAUUUUUGAGUAAGCAAGAGAGUAAGAAUCCUAUUGUACAGGCAAUUGAAAAACGAAUAUCAGUAUUCUCUCAAGUACCAGUAGAAAAUGGGGAGGUUAUUCAAGUUUUAAGGUAUGAAAAGAAUCAGUUCUUCAGGCUGCAUCAUGACUACUUUUCUGACACUUCCAACUUGAAGCAAGGAGGUCAGCGAAUAGCAACAAUGCUCAUGUAUUUGAGCGACAAUGUGGAAGGAGGAGAAACUUACUUUCCCAUGGCUGGAACAGGAAAAUGUAGUUGUGCUGGGAAAAUGAAAAAGGGGUUGUCUGUAAAAUCGAUUAAAGGAGAUGCAGUUCUUUUCUGGAGCAUGGGACUUGAUGGUAAGGAAGAUCCAAGAAGUAUACAUGCAGGAUGUGAAGUCUUAUCAGGAGAGAAAUGGACUGCUACGAAAUGGAUGAGGCAAAAUAAACACAACUAAUUUCUCUCCGGCUGCAGCUAGCCCAUUUAAAAACAUCUUUGGCACAUCUUAUAUAUACACACAUUUUUAGUACUCUUGAUCAGAAAA